AUGGACGCCAAGGAACCUCAUCAUGAAGAGCCCGAAGGUGACAAGAACACGGAAAUAGUCGAAGUCGACGACCAAACCAGCAUCUUCGAGCCCACUGGCGCGACCAUGGGACGCUUACGCCGACGAGGCGUCAUGUUCUCACUAUGCUUGGCUCUAUUCCUUUCAGCCCUCGACGUGACGAUCGUGGCUACAGCCCUUCCAACAAUUGCGAAGGAAGUCAACGCCAGUACCGCGGAAUAUGCCUGGAUUGGGAGCGCAUAUACCCUAUCCAGUACCGCUUCCGUCCCAAUAUGGGCCCAGCUCUCGAACAUCUUCGGCCGGAAACCCAUCAUCAUGCUUGCGAACUUAGCCUUUUUAGGAGGUAGUUUGGUUUGCGGCCUCACAAAGUCUGUCGGAUUGCUCAUUGGCGGACGAGUUGUACAAGGGCUGGGCAGUGGCGGUUGCCUGAUCAUGGUGACAGUCAUUAUUGGGGAUAUGUUCGAGGUAAAGGACAGGGCCAAAUACUAUGGCCUCACGGGUAUUGUUUGGGCAAUUUCGAGCAGCUUCGGGCCUAUUCUUGGUGGUGUCUUUACACAAACUAUUGGUUGGAGGUGGUGUUUUUUGAUCAAUCUUCCUUUUGACGGCUUAUCCCUCGGUGUGCUAUUCUUCGCAUUGAAAUCGAAAACGAAAACGAUACCCAUAAUGGAUGGCCUGAAGUCUCUUGAUUGGAUUGGCUCUCUGUUGAUAAUUGGCGGUACCGUAUGCUUACUAUAUGGUCUCGAGGUCGGUGCUUCCGAUUAA